UUUCUGGAUCAUAGCCGAGGCGACCUCACCGGGCGAAGGCUGACAGGCGCCGCUCUGCCUUUACUUUCUUACCUGACUCUUCUUUGUCGAGAGUCAUUCGUGACGGGCUAGCCAUUCCCGAUCCAGUCGCCAAUAACGCCAAAAGGAUAUUCGACCUCUAUUCUAGAAAAUCUUCUGGCCGCAUUCGACAAGACUGUCUCGGUCGUCCGCUUUGUCAUCGGGCCGGUGGCUACCAGUGGCAUGGGACAUAUUGCGCCAGACUCCCGGAUUUCGUACUAGACGACACCCUGCUGCUGCUCUUCCUCCCCGCCCCCCUUCUUCCAGCGAACUCACGAACCCAAGGAUUUUCUUCGAAAUGUCGGCAGACAGCAUGGAGCCUCGAAUUAUACCCAGCCAGCUACCGCCUGGAUUGGAGAUUGCCAUUCCGCCGGGAGGCGAGUUGCCUCCUCAGCAACCGAUGGGCACGUAUCAGAGGAAGCCGCUCCCGCCGCUGCCUCCUCUACGACCGGGUUUCUUCCGUCAGGUUUCGGCUUUCUCUAUCAUGUCGGCCUUGUCGGUUGCGUCAGAUACCACCAUGGGUGAAUCAUCGAGAUCACGAAGCCGUGACAGGACAACGCCAUCGCCAUCGCCAUCUCCGUCUGGAAGGGAGACGAUUGAGAGAUUGGAGGAUGAGAUCAGCACGAUCCUCAUACAACACAGCCCGACACCUGUACCCCGAAGAUUAUCAGAACAUCGCAGCUGCUCGCCACACAGCCGUCGACCAGAGUCCGAGAUCAGGGAAUUGGCCGUUCGACGUUUGUCAAUUCCAAUAACGAUGCCAUGUACGCUUCACCGGUCGUCCGCCAAGAUAAAGCAGAUAACCGGGCUCGAUGUCGACCACAGUGGUUUCCCGCCUGCCAGACCAGCACGGUCACCUAUUACGUCGGAAAUGGUGAUUCCUGCCACCCCCGACAACCCCAGCAGCGUCCACAGCGCGGAGAAGCCAGUCUCGACAUCGGAACCCGCUCGGACGCUGAGCUUGAUUGACGAUUACGACGACGACUCGGAGCCCGAGAGUGUCGAAUGGGACUUCAGCCCCAGUUCGCGGAGGCACAUCCCGUCGUGGAUACCGGCAUCACCGGUACCGCCUCGGGUGGAAAUAUUGGACUUUGACGAAGCGAGUCCGCGGCGCCGCGAUUCGGAAAUCGGGCCCUUGAGGUCGCCAGGCAUGCACCACUUCGAGACACUGCCUGCUAGACGAAACAACCAUAUGGAGGUCAGCUAUGUGGGAGCCAAGGACCUCUACCAUGCGACGGCGACAUCGAUCGCAAACUCAACGCGGAAGAAGGCGGCGGCGGCGGCGGCGGCGGCGGCGGCAUCAUCAUCACAAGCCAGUAUUGAGUCUGGACGGGACUCGAGCUUGCCGCCCAAGAACAGGAUGAGCUUCGCGACGAAGGUAUUACAGUCCGGAAGGAAGCGGCCGCCCAUGGGCAUCAACACGACGCCGCAGUCGCCCCUGUCCAUGUGCCCUCCGACUGUCUCGGCAACAGGCAAGCAACCGCUGAGGGGGGCAGGUCACCCGGAUAUGCACGCCCACUCGAUGGACGACGACCGUCUCCGGGUGAAAUACUCGGACGCGCUGUCCCGCGUCUUCAGGUGGAGCGGCGAGCACAGGAGGGUGAUCUCGGAGAGCACGCCGCCCGUCGAUGCUCCGCCGUCAACGUCGGAGCCUCCGGACUCGCCUUCGCACGGGCCGAGUAAGACGGCCGGCUUGCGGUCGGUACAGGGUAUAGCGGCGCAGUUCAAGAGGACGGCGAACUCGAUGGUGUUGUCCAAGGACGAGCGACGGAGGGAGAAUCUGAGGCAGAGCAUCCGAAUGAUACCGGAGGGCAGCACGGUCUAGCACUGACGCAAGGGUAGCGCGGAGACGCCGUCGACACGCGGCGUCUGGAAGAAGGGGGUGGGUCUUCGGGUCGCAUGCCUCUCUGUCAGACGCCAUCUCCUCGCCUCACGUUCAGAAAUCAGGAUAAAGCGGCUUCUAU